UUGACCACCUCGACGAAAACGGUCUCGAGACACUCCGAUCUCUCGACUUCAGAGUAUCAGGACUACAAAUGGGGCUUCGUAACCGACGUCGACACCGACCUUGCCCCGAAAGGUCUGAACGAGGACAUCGUCAGGCUGAUUUCGGCAAAGAAGCGCGAACCCGAAUGGCUUCUGGAAUGGCGCCUGCGCGCCCUGCGCUACUGGGAGAACCUCGAACGAAAUGAGGGAGACCCCACGUGGGCCAAGAUCAGCUACCCGCCGAUCGACUACCAGGACAGCUACUACUACGCGGCGCCCCGCGGCCAGGAGGACAGGCCGAAGUCACUUGAAGAGGCUGAUCCGGAGAUGCUCGAAGCCUUCGAGAAACUCGGCGUGCCGCUUUACGAACGGGAGAAGCUGGCCGGGGUGGCCGUGGACGCCGUUUUUGACAGCGUAUCCGUGGCGACUACGUACGAAUCUCAACUCAAGGAACUCGGCAUAAUAUUCUGCUCCUUCAAUGAAGCAGUGAGAGAGUACCCCGAGCUGGUCGAAAAAUACCUCGGCUCGGUCGUUCCCUACACCGAUAACUUUUUCGCCUCUCUCAACUCAGCCGCGUUCAGCGACGGCUCAUUUGCAUACGUGCCACCCGGAGUCCGGUGCCCGAUGGAACUCAUGACCUACUUCCGCAUCAACACGGAAGGCGCGGGUCAGUUCGAGCGCACGCUGAUAAUCGCGGAUGAGGGCGCUUACGUCAGCUACCUCGAGGGUUGCACCGCUCCGAUGAGACGAACGACUCAACUCCACGCCGCCGUCGUGGAACUCGUUGCGCUCAAAGACGCCGAGAUCAAAUAUUCGACUAUCCAGAACUGGUUCCCCGGAACAAAGGACGGCCAGGGCGGCGUAUACAACUUUGUGACCAAACGCGGGUCCUGCGAGGGGGAUAACUCAAAGAUCUCGUGGACCCAGGUCGAGACGGGCUCAGCCAUUACGUGGAAGUACCCCAGCGUGAUGCUCAAGGGGGACAACUCGACCGGCGAGUUCUACUCCGUUGCGCUGGCCAACAACUACCAGCAGGCCGACACCGGCACGAAGAUGAUCCACUUCGGAAAGAACACGAAGAGCACCAUCGUGGCAAAGGGGAUUUCGGCGGGCCACGGAAGUAACACCUAUCGCGGCCAGGUCAAGAUAAUGCCCGGCGCCGAAAACGCCACGAACCACACCCAGUGCGACUCCCUGCUUAUCGGAGACAAGUGCAGCGCGCACACCGUGCCGUACAUCGAGGUCAGAAACCCAUCCGCGCGGCUGGAGCAUGAGGCAUCGACGUCGAAGGUAAGCGACGACCAGCUCUUCUACCUGAUGUCCCGCGGCAUCUCCGAAGAGGACGCACACCACAUGAUUAUCACUGGCUGGAGCAGGGACGUGAUCAAGGAGUUGCCGUUCGAGUUUGCCGUUGAGGCCGGGCAACUGCUGAAGGUCAGUCUGGAAGGAGCUGUGGGCUAA